GGACGCGGCUGAUUCUCCUUCAUCGUCCGUCACUUUGUCUCUCACGGACGCGGGAACACAGGAGGAAACGGAGCGCGAGAGAGAGCGCGAGAGACGGAACCAGCGCGUGAGGUCCCGGACGGACGGACGGACGGACGGACGUAAGCUCCCUGCGCUCCUUUAAAGUAGACGGAGAGACCUUCCGGUCGGUCCGGACGGGCGGACGGACGUCGCCGUGAGUUAUGUACCAGGUACAGCUGGUGGGGGAACAGCAGGAGAGUCGUCCUUUGCUAAGUCCAUCCAUAGAUGACUUCCUGUCUGAGAGCCGGAUCGAUGGUCCUGUGGUCCCGCCGCUCUCCUCCAGUACAGCAGUUCUGUCCACAGCAGUAGACCUGGUGGACCUGAGUGAGCCAGGGGCGGGUGGUGGGAGUAGAGAGAGGAGGAAGGAGGUGGCCAGGAGGAGGCCUGAGGAGACAGAGCUGAUCCAGGUGGAGGUGGAGCGCCCCGGCCUCCCCCUGAGUCCCCAUUCCCCAGAAAGGAACUCACUGGACUCAGUAAGUCUCUGCUCCCCGCUGGAGAGAUGGGAGGAGGUGAACCUCCAGCUGGACGCUGGCGUCGGCGGAGGCUGGAGGAGGAAAUACGAGAAGAGAUGCACCUCCCACCACUCCUCCAGCGAACUCCUGUGGUCUGCAGAGUUCAGAACCGACCCGUCCAACAAGAACUGUGAAGUUCGCAGCUUUGAUGAGAUGGACCUCGUCUCCUCCUCACAGGACAUCAGUGCAGUACGACAGCGGAGACGAGCGCGGUCUCUCCUGACCAGGAACCGAUCUCUGGAGGAAGAGUUUGUCAGAGCGAAGGCUGCUGUUGAGUCAGACACAGAGUUCUGGGAUAAGAUGCAGGCGGAGUGGGAGGAGCUCGCUCGGAGGAACUGGCUGGAGGAGUCGGAAAGCGAGGCCCCUGACCCGCCAAGCGUGUCCCAAAUGGAGAUGGGAUAUUCCUUUCACACCAACAACCCAUACAGAGACUGGCCCAACGCCUUCGUUGAGGGCCAGGAGAAGGCGAAGGAAGGAGACCUAAACAAUGCCGUCCUGCUGCUGGAGGCGGCCAUCUUACAAGACCCGCAGGAUACAGAGGCUUGGCAGCUGUUGGGUAUGACACAGGCAGAGAAUGAGAACGAGCAGGCAGCCAUCGUCUCCCUUCAGAGAAGUCUGCAGCUUCGUCCCAACAACCUGCCAGCUCUGAUGGCACUCGCCGUCAGCUUCACCAACAGUGGUCUGCAGCAGGAGGCCUGCGAGGUGCUGCGCCGUUGGAUCCGCCACCACCCCCAUUACAAACACCUCCUCCAGGACAGCAGGAGCCCCCUGCAGGGUUCCCCACACCAUGGGCUUCCAGCUCCCCCGCCCAGCAGUUACCAGCUAGCGGAGGUGAAGGCCUUGUUCCAGGAAGUGGCUCUGUUGAAACAGGAAGUUGUGGAUCCUGACCUCCAGACGGGCCUAGGGGUCCUGUUCAACCUCAGCUCAGAGUUUGAUAAAGCAGUGGAGGCUUUUACUGCAGCUCUGUCUGUCAGACCAGAGGACUACCUGCUGUGGAACCGCCUGGGGGCCACACUGGCUAACGGCGACCGGAGUGAGGAGGCGGUGGAGGCCUACACCCGGGCACUGGAGCUCCAGCCGGGCUUCAUCAGGUCCAGAUAUAACCUGGGAAUCAGCUGCAUCAACCUAGGAGCUCACAGGGAGGCAGCCAGUAACUUCCUGACCGCCUUGAACCAGCAGAGGCAAAACCAUGGACACAACCAGCAGGUGAUGUCCUCCAACAUCUGGGCCGCGCUGCGCAUUGCCAUCUCUAUGAUGGACCGGCCAGAACUGUUCCAGGCUGCCAGCGUCGGGGACCUGGACCUCCUGAUGAGGGCCUUUGACAUGGAGGACAUCUGACCCGGCUGGUUCAGAGCCUGCAGGGACUCAAUGGGACCGUGGUGAGGAAGGUUGUUAGUCUGGGUGAGAUGGCUGCAAAUUUGACAGGAAAUAUUUUCGGCAUCCAGCAGAAAUGAAAGAAGCUGAUGGAGAGCAAGACAAAGAUCAGCGUGAACACCAUAACACGAGGAACCUGUCCAACGCACCGCUACGAGACAUUCCCCAUAAAGGGCGCCAACUUUCUUUGGAGACAGCGGUUGCCAUGGUGGCGUGCGGCAUUUGGUGGGGAAAUUAAGAGACACAUAUUUUGGGAUGCCUUCCAGUAAACUGUUGCAGAUUGGUUUGCAGAAAACCAAGGAACACAGGGUUUUAGGGAGGCAACACCAGGAUGUCCAGGGUAAGACCUGCAUUUAGAGUAAGACAUCGUUACAGUCCUUCAGCUCACAGCAUUUUAGGUUCACCGCCACGUUUUCUGACACGACUCUUUCUCCUGUAAUAGUUAUGUUAGCCAUGUUAAUGUAGGAAUGUCGAGCUAACAUGAGGUGAACGUUUAGAAGUCCAUGAAGUGGUCUGAAGCCACAAUCUCCCACAGCGCAAGACUCAAAAAAACACUCAAAAGAAAAAAGAUGGGUAGUCAAGGUAACGCACAGUGGCAAAUGUAGAAAAAUUUUGUCUCCAUUGCUUUUAAUCACAUAAUCACUUUGUUACUAUAUCCAGAUCUCCCUGUCAAGCGAGUGUUAAAAUAUUUACAUUCUUUUUCCAUAUUUACUUGUUUUUUUUCCCUCGAUAUUGAGGCAUUUCCCCUAAGUCUUUCUUCAUGUCAGAAAUGACAUGAAAUAAGCCAUAGCCAUUCAGACUGUGUGCUUUUGCGUUUGUUUUUUUCCCUGAAGCAUUACGUGUCGGAGAUCUAGAGGAAACGGGAGCUGUGCAUGUUCUGAUGUCACUUCCUUUAGGAACAGAAGCCUUGUACUCAUAGCUUCAUCCCCUGUACAGAAAGGUACUAAUCCAAUCCAAUAAAGUGUC